AUGAAGCAUUUUUUCAGAGUACCGAAAGUAUUUCUGCCUGUCUCUAGAGUCUCGAUACGAUAUUCUAGUAGUGAUACCGCUCAACCAAAAAUUUCAAAACUCAGAAUCACUUUUAAUAAAACUAGUGAAUCAAAUAAUGAAAAAACUGAUAAUUCAUAUUCAAUUGACGCAGAUAGCUGUCCUAUAGCACAGCGGAAUGGUAAGGCAUCAUCAACCAAACCUUUAAAGGCCACUUUACCUCCAUCAUUGCAAUAUGUGCGUGACUUAAUGGAUUUGUAUAAAGAUCAUGUGGUAUUAACGCAGAUGGGAUCGUUUUAUGAACUUUACUUUGAGCAAGCAGUUAAGUAUGCUCCUGAAUUAAAUAUAUCGCUAACAAAUCGAGCUUACAGUUAUGGUAAAGUCCCGUUUGCUGGAUUUCCUGUACAUCAGCUAAGUCGACACUUAAAAAUGCUUGUAAACAAUUGUGGCUAUAGCGUAACUAUUGCCGAGCAAUUCAAAAGGAAGGAUGUUGCAGAUAAUGAAGUUAACAAAUUUUACAGGAGAGUGACUAGGAUAGUUACACCUGGCACUUUUAUUGAUGAAGCGUUCGAAAAUUUAAGAGAAAAUACGUAUCUACUGAACAUCGAAUUUCCUGAUAACUGCAUGGGUCAGGUGGCAGAUGCUAGUUUAAAGGUCGGCAUAUGCUGGUGUGACGUAAGCACCGGUGAAAUAUUUGUUCAACAGGUGUACCUUAAGGAUUUGGUUUCCGCCAUAACAAGAAUUCAGCCUAAGGAGAUUCUACUAGAUGAAAGAUUGCUAGAGUUCCACAUUGAGUCGGGGACCUGGUAUCCAGAACUUGUUGAGCUAAAAAAAUUUUUUAUCAAAUAUCAGAAGAUGCCCAGCCAGCAUCGUACUAUUGAAUCAUUUUAUGGGCUGUUCAAUUUAGGUGAAAAAGAAGCAACAGACAGGCAACUCAGGAUUCAAUUUCAAACUUUUACUCAAAAGGAGUUAGCGGCCUUGAGGAAUACGCUAAUUUACGUAAGCGAUCAUCUGCCUGAUUUUUCUAUUAAUUUUCAGAUUCCUCAGAGACAGUUAGCAACAGCUAUUAUGCAAAUUGACUCAAGGACUAGCAGUGCUCUUGAACUGCAUUCUACUGUGAGGGACAACAACAAAAAAGGAUCUUUGUUGUCCUCUAUUAGGAGGACAGUAACGCCUUCUGGAACGAGACUUCUAUCCCAAUGGUUGAGUGGACCUUCACUUGAUUUGAAAGAAAUAAAAAAACGACAGAGGAUUGUAGGAUUUUUCAAGGAUAAUUUUGAUAUCACUGAGGCAUUACGGAUAAUGUUGAAGAAGGUGAAUGAUCUAUCUCGCAUAUUGCAAAAAUUCAGUUUCGGAAGAGGUGAGGCAUUAGAGCUAAUUCAAAUGGCACAUUCACUACAGGUAUCAAGAGAAAUACGAGAAUAUUUACUAAAAAACACUUCAUUCAUGAAAGCUACAUUGAAGAAUCAAAUAACGCAACUGACUGAAUCUUUGAAUUUUGAAAGUAACUUAAUUGAUGAUAUUCUGAAGUUUUUAAAUGAGGACAUGCUAGUGAAGUCGCAAGACAUUAAACAAAAUGUGGAUGUAAAUACAAUGCUUGAGGUAGAUAUAAAGGGGAAAAAAACAGAUAAUAAAGAUGAAGUCUUUGAACUGACAGACUUUGUCGUUAACCCUUCGUUCAAUGGCAAACUUAUGAAAUUGCAUAAUGCUUAUCAAGACGUUUGGCGGAAAAAAAAAGAGCUUAACGUUUCAUUGAAUGAUUUGUUUGUUGAAAAUUUAAGUGCUAAGUCGUUUGCUUUAAAGGAGAGGCAGAAUGGCGAGUAUGCACUGCAUGUGACAGGAACACCCACCAAUUUGAAGAGGAUCGAUGAAUUUAUCACCAAAAAAACCGAAUUUUAUGGAAGCUACUUUCAUAUUUUACAGAAAUCUAAUCAAACACGAUGGUUAAGCCACAAGUUUUGGACGGACUUGGGCCUGGAAUUAGAAUUAUUGGCUCUUAAGAUCAGAAAUGAAGAGGCCAACAUUAUCGAUCAAUUCAAAAAAAGAUUCAUUGAUAGGAGCAACGAAGUUAGACAAGUUGCAACUACGUUGGGCUAUCUUGAUGCAUUGUCAUCUUUCGCUGUUUUAGCUAACGAGAAGAAUUUAGUCUGUCCUAAAGUGGAUGAGAGCGAUAAGCUAGAAGUGAUGAAUGGAAGACACCUGAUGGUCGAAGAAGGUCUUUCAGCACGUUCUUUAGAAGCAUUUACGGCCAACGAUUGUGAACUGGCAAAGGAUAAUUUAUGGGUAAUUACUGGACCAAACAUGGGCGGUAAAUCUACCUUUCUAAGGCAAAACGCAAUUAUUGUAAUUUUGGCACAAGUUGGAUGUUUUGUCCCCUGCAGUAAGGCACAUAUUGGUAUUGUGGAUAAGCUUUUCAGCAGAGUUGGUUCUGCUGACGAUCUAUACAAUGAGAUGAGUACAUUCAUGGUGGAAAUGAUAGAGACAUCGUUUAUCCUCCAAGGCGCUACCAGGCGAUCUUUGGCCAUACUUGAUGAGAUCGGACGGGGAACCAGUGGCAAAGAAGGUAUCAGCAUUGCAUAUGCAACUCUAAAGUAUUUAUUAGAGAAUAAUCAAUGCAGAACGCUCUUCGCUACACAUUUUGGUCAAGAAUUGAAACAGAUUAUUGACAGCAAAUGUGCGACAGGCUUGCGUGAAAAGAUCAAAUUCUACCAAAGUGGAAUCACGGAUUUAGGUGGCAACGAUUUCUGUUACAACCAUAAGUUAAAGCCGGGCAUCUGCAUGAAAUCAGAUGCCAUUAGAGUUGCAGAACUGGCUGGAUUUCCAGCAGAAGCAUUGCAAGAAGCUCGGGAGAUCCUAGGCUAA